UUACGGUUUUAUUCAUGAAAUCCAAUUUAUAGUAUUGUUUAUCUAAUCUCUGAUGUAGAUACUGAAUGUUAUUGAAUUCUGAGUACAGAGUGUAUUAUCGGUGCAUGGUUAAAUAAAACAACUCACCAGUAUGAUCUAAAGGUCUUCCUAUUAAAUUUAACUGAUUUGGUUUUUUUUGUAAAUCAUGUAAAAUUUCGUUUAGCUGACGCAGCAAAAGCUUUCAUUUCAUUUAUUUUUCAUUACCCUUACACUGCUUCCAUAAUUUAAUCCACCAUGGAAUUGGAUUCCUCUUCAUCGUCAUCUUAUUCUUUAAUUGGAUACCUUUCUAGAACAUUAGGUGCCAAUGAAAAUGCAGUUAAAAUCUUUUUUACACUUUUAGCUGGUUAUCCAAUAGCCAUAAUUUAUAAUUAUUGUAUUGUCAAUAGAAGCAAAUUGAUAAAGAAAUUGUUCUUCAUCGUUUCUGGUUUGGCUUUGGGACUUUUCAAUCAUGGUUAUGAUUUUUUCCAUACGACUGUUACAAUUCUCACCAUGUAUUUUGUGCUUAAAUGGUUUGGCGAUUCUAAAUUUUCUGUUAAAUUUGCUUAUGUUUUUUGUUCGGCCUACUUGUUAUGCGGUUAUUUUCUUACUCAAAUGAAAUCAAAUGAUUAUAGCUUCGAAUGGACUAUUCCUCAAUGUGUUUUAACUCUUCGCUUAAUUGCAAUAGCUUUUGAUCUUUAUGAUGGCAAAAGAAUUCAAGCGAAAGUAACUGUUAAUGGUGAACCAAUAAAAAAUGAUGCACCAAUAUAUGAAGCUCCUGAAUUUCUUGAAUUAUUUGCAUGUUGUUACCUUCCUUUCUCAUUCCUGGUGGGACCUCAGUUUGAGUACAAAAAAUUUCAAGAAUUUUUAAAUGGAAAGGAAAAUGUUUACAAAAUAUGUGCAAAUCAAGCUACCAAGAAGCUUGGACUUGGAGUUUUAUAUUUAAUUUGCUAUGUUAUCGGAGAAAAAUAUUGUCCUCCAUCUAUUUUGUUAUCUGAUUACUUCAACGCAUCUGGGUUUUUCAUGAGCUUCACAUUAAUUGCAUUAACAACUAAGAUCCAAACUUGCAAGUAUAUUGGUAUUUGGAUUCUCUCUGAGGGAAGCCUAAUCAUGUCUGGAUUCACUUAUGAUAAGCAGAGUAAAACAUUCAGAAACUAUUGCAAUGCAGAUCCAUAUCUCUUUGAAACUACUCCCACCUUCGGCGGGAUCAUUCGAUCCUUCAAUAUAACGACGAAUCAUUGGUCCGGCAAAUACAUUUUCAAGCGCUUGAAGUUUCUUGGCAAUAGGAUUAUCAGCCAUGCAGCUACCUUAGCAUAUCUUGCACUUUGGCAUGGCUGGAAAUCAGGUUACUAUGUUACCUUUGGAAUGGAGUUUAUGAUCAUGAAAAUGGAGUGGGAGGUUACGGCAAUUAUGCAAAAACUUCGACGAUCCAACAAAACAUUGGACAAUAUUCUUAAUCAAAGCUAUGUUCGAUUAUCAAUAUUGGCUUUUCUUCACAUUUACACCGUCUAUAUGUUUGGAUAUUGUCUUGCUCCUUUCAUACUACUUACUUAUACGAAAUGGGUUCCCGUUUUGGCGCACGUUUAUUUUUCUGGACACUUGUUUUACAUAUCAUGGAUAAUUGUUUCACCCUUUGUCCAUUCUUUAAUUCUUCCUUACACCCGGUCUCAGUCAAAUAAUGCAAGUUCAUCCAGGCCAGCGCAUUCUGAUUCUAAUUUAGAGUUAGAUGAACCACAAGAAGCGUCUAAAAGCAAAGCUGAAUAAUUUAAAAUUAUUUAUGAUGUUCAAUCUAAAUUCAAUGUGAAUUUAAAAUAUAUAUAUUCAUAUAUAUAUUCUUGUCUAUAAAUAUUGCUUAUUAUACUUGA